UUAAGGACAUACUUAAUGGUUCUACAUUUGCCAAUUUGUAUCUUAUGUAUUUUUACAUUGCAGCUGUUUACAGAUGGAAUCACCAACAAGCUUAUUGGUUGCUAUGUGGGUGACGCAAUGGAUGAUGUGGUUUUAGUUAGAAUCUAUGGAAACAAGACUGAGCUGUUAGUAGAUCGAGAUGAGGAAGUGAAAAGUUUCCGGGUGUUGCAGGCCCAUGGUUGUGCACCACAACUCUACUGUACAUUCAGUAAUGGUCUAUGCUACGAGUUCAUGCAGGGAGAAGCACUGGAUCCAGAGCAUGUCUGCAACCCAGAUAUAUUCAGACUCAUAGCCAGGCAGCUUGCUAAAAUCCAUGCUAUCCAUGCACACAAUGGAUGGAUCCCCAAAUCUAACUUGUGGCUGAAGAUGGGGAAAUAUUUCUCACUCAUACCUACAGAAUUUACAGAUGAGGAAGUAAAUAAUAGGUUCUUAAGUGAUGUCCCAAGUCCUCAAAUCCUUCAGGAGGAGAUGGCAUGGAUGAAGGAGAGACUGUCAAAUCUAGGAUCCCCAGUGGUGCUUUGUCACAAUGACCUGUUGUGUAAGAAUAUUAUCUACAACGAGAAACGAGGUGAUGUGCAGUUCAUUGACUAUGAGUACUCUGGAUACAACUACCUGGCUUAUGAUAUUGGAAAUCAUUUCAAUGAGUUUGCAGGAGUGAGUGAGGUAGACUACAGCCUUUAUCCAGAUAGAGAAUUACAAGAUCAGUGGCUGAGAUCUUACCUUGAGGCCUAUAAGGAAUAUAAGGGUUUCGGUACAGAUGUUACUGAGAAGGAGGUAGAAAUACUGUAUGUGCAAGUCAAUCAGUUUGCAUUGGCUUCUCAUUUCUUUUGGGGAUUGUGGGCUCUGAUUCAAGCCAAAUAUUCCACCAUUGAUUUCGAUUUUCUAGGGUAUGCAAUUGUUCGUUUUAACCAGUACUUCAAAAUGAAGCCAGAGGUCACAGCAUUAAAACUUCCUGAGUAAUGAAGAGGAACCUCAAUUAUCCUCAAGUGGAUAAGUGAUCCUUAAGAACCCUUUCUGAGAACAGAUACUGAAAAAGCUAAACAUUUGUUUAAAUUCUGUAAUGUUCACUUGGUUGUUUUGCUUUACAAAUGAUGCCUCUAAUCAAGCUGUAGUGUGAAAUCUAAUAAGAGCAUACCUACUGUUGAUAUAAAAUGGAUUAGAAACUUGCUAAAUCUAUACAGUGGUAGAGAUGGCAAUUUAAUCCUUACUUAAGUAAUUUAACAUAUGUUGUAUGUGAAUUAUUUAUUAUAAGUUUAACAUGAUUCCAUUGCUGCUUUCAUCAAUUUCUGUAAAGGUUGAGUGGAGGCAGUGAAACUAUUCCAAAGGAUUUGCUUUUUCACAACUUACUUUAAGAAAGUGACUAACUUAUAUAAAGACUGUAAAUGGUCAGUAGUGAACCUUAAUCUUUUAACUGUACACACAGAAAAGAACCCAUGAAUAGUGGUAAUUUACUCUUGAAAUGCCAAUCACUGGUACCAACUAUUUGAGGGAAGGGAGAUGAGGAUAAAAAGCAGUUUUCCCCAUCACUGUACUUUUCAUUUUAUAGCAAGACCUCUGUAGGGAUAUUAGGGUUAAAUAUCAACAUUUUGACUCUCCUUCUGCUAGUACUACAUAAUAGAAAUCUGAAGGGCAGGUUUUUUUUUUGUUUUGUUUUUGUUUUGUUUUGGCCACCUGAUUAUUUAGGAACGUGUAUAGUAUCUGACAGGAAAUUCUUGUUUGCUAAAUUUUUCCAUUUUUUAAAAGAUCACUAUUUGAUCUUGGGAUCAAAACAGUAUUACAUCAGUUAAAGAAUACAUAGAUUUUAAAACCUUUUUCUUUCUUUCCUCAUCUUUCAAGCAUGGAUUCUUGUCUUUAAAUACGUAGGUUCAGUAGUUAUAGAUUCUUUUGCAAUUUAUGGCUAUCUUGCUUAUACUGAUGGAAAAAUUUUGGUAGCUCAAAGUCUCAAGUUCAAAGGAUGUCCUUCAAAUAUGUGAGGUUUUGAACUGUGGGUCUUUGAUCAUCCUCUUUUUUGUUUUGUUUUGUUGACGCUAUUAUACCAAGAAUGAUUUGAAGUACAAAAUGUGAAUUGAAAAGAAAAUGUUUACUUUUGACUGUGUAUGUUGAGAGGUUGGGGAUGAUGCUUUAAAUCUUGAAAAUUGCUGUGGAGUUGAGCAGUCAGUCAAUUCUGAUUAUUACUCUGAAAAAAACUUUGUACUUUGGUCACUGAAGUGCCCACAUGUACAAAGUCUGUUUGUAUGCACAUACAAUAUGUGCAAACAUAAACUCACCUUAGGAUUUUAGAUUUUAUGGAGAUUCUGUUGCAGUUUCAGCAGUGGGAUUUAUUCAAAAUCGUUUGAUAGCAUAUUGUCAAAUGCCGAUUGGCUUUACAAAAGCAUAGCUUGUUUCAGGAUACUUAAAGCAAUUGAAUGAAAAACUUUCACAUUCUACACCAUUUUGAAUGGUGUUCUGCUAUUUUACAAAAGUAAGUUUUAUUCCUUAAAGCUAGUUGGUAUUCAUCAACUGGUGGUUCCAAUCAUGGGUUUCUUGCAAUCACAUUCCUAAAGUUUUAAUAUAAAUGGAUAAACUUUUCAUUUGAAGGAAACAAAACCUUGAAAGCCAGUCUUAUUUAGCACUUACUAAACAAGUUUAUUAAAUUGGUCAGGUUCUGUUCCUAGUCUAAAUAAAUUGCAUUUCCUUCUGUAGCAUUAUCAAGGAUGUUGUUGCUAGAGCUCAUGAAAGUGACAGACAGCGAACAGCUUUUUAAUUUUUGUAUCUGACAAAAUUCUCUCCUUGCUAGGAGUACUACUCUGCCACAUUUACUUAUGUUAAGCAAUAGCUUGGUUGGUGAGAUGUACCUUUUUAAUUUCAGCAAGACUUCACAGAGUAAGAUACUACUCAGUGUAACAGUGUUGGAUCUGAAAAAACUUAUUUUAAUAUUUAAAAAAAAAAACCACUUUCCUGAUAAAGUGAAAAGUUCUUUUCUAGUAUUGGUAACACAUAUACAGAUAUUUGGGAGAGAGAAUAUAAGAGUUAGCUUUUAAACUUGGUUUUAACCUGGAAAAUUGGAACACUUACCAGACCCUCCCCCCUUUCUAACUCCAAGUACUGUGUUAAAAUGUAUACAGUGAUGUGUGUUUGUUCUGAAGUACAGUACAGCUCUUAUUAGCCCUCAUUGUUUUCAAACUCUUUGGCUAUUCAUGAGUGGUGUCCCAUACUCCGAGACCACAAGGCCCAAAGAGGUAGUUUGACAUCUCCCCUCUUUCCUCCCCUCCCCCCAAACAGCUGAAUGAGAGCAUUUUUUAGAAGAAUGCUAGCUGAAAGGGGCUUGUUACUUUGAUUUCUACUGUAGAAAGCAGGACUUUACAAAUAAUGUACAAAUAUACAGGUUAUCAUCAAAGAAAUAACCUGAUUCCACAAUCAAUUUCUUAUAUAGUCCUGCUAGAACUUGGAAAUUGGCUAACCAUUCAAGUCAAAAUAAAGUAAUUCUGGGGAUCAUUCCUUCUGCAAGAGGGCAAGAUCAAAGCUAGGUGUCUCCUGGGCAGUUUAUACGUUCCAUUGUCUUUCUGCUGUAGUAGCUCUUCCUUAAGAUGUUGGUACUGUUCAGGAUUGAAGUUGUACUGUAGUUCUUUAUAAACAAACAUGUUUAUAUUGCAGGUAACAAUCUUUGAGCAGGCAAAUUUUAUCUUUUGUGAUUGGUCCUGGGCCUCAGCCUCAGUCAUGUUGAGUUGCUAAAUUCCACUGAACUCCUUUCAUAGGCCUCAAAUACUUUGGGGCAAAGAUAUUUUAAACACGGUAAUCUUUGCCUGAGACAUUUUUAAGAAGCGUGAGACUUUAUCGCAGAAUUAUAAUAAGAGACUUUGCAGUAUAAUAGAGGGGUGCAUUUUCACAUUAUGUAUUGAAAUCCAUAUUAGAAAACAUGGCAGCAAUAGUUUCUAUUCAAAACUAGAAUAUAAAACAAACUCUGAAUUCCUAGAUCAAGUUGUGAGAGACCUAAUUAGGAAAUAGUUACUCUUCCCAAAAUUAAAUGCCAGUCACGUGGGGUCUCGCACCUCAUCAGUUUUGUCCAGUACUGUUCAGAAUUCCCUCUGCUAUGGAGGCUGUCCUGCAAACAUGUUCCAGUGGAAACUUGGGAUGGCACUGCAGGGUGCAAACUUGUAACUGCAAAAACUUUUCUGUCUGAACAUGGGUGAAUUAACAGAACACCAGAUUUAUUAAAAUUCAUUUCCUUUUUCUUAAUAACUUGAGGCUAUUUUAAAAGGAAAAUGUCUCAGAGCUCUAGAAAUAUCCAUCCUGGCUUUGUGUUGCCAAGAAGAUACUCUGUUGCCUUCUGUUAAGCUAAAAACUUGAAUGCCAAAAUUAAUAACUCCUACUGUAUAGUUAAAUCUAUAUUGUAAAUAUAAAGAAGGUUGUUAGUGAUGGCAUUCAUGCAUGAGCAGCAUCCGUCAGUAGACCAUAGUGGCCUGGUUGCUUUUGUAAAGCAGAGUUGUGUGAAUUUUUUUCUUCUGACCCUUUUCUACAAUCAGACCAGGUUAAUCCAUGUCUGAUGUAAUAAGACACGUAAGCAUCAGAGCUUUUUAAACAAUUACAAGUCUCAUGUAACUUUUAAACUCAUUCAUCUAGCAUUCUUCUGCAUUUUAAAAAAUAAUUGUCAAACUGAUUCACAUUAACUGGGUCUGACUGGAUAUGUAUAUACAACACUGUAAAUAACCAUUUGUAAAUUAGUGUGAAUUGUACCGUAUCUUGCAUUUAUGGACUUGUGUAUUACAUUGUACUCUUGCUCUUAUUUUGUAGAAAUUUUGAUGUAAAGAAAAAAUCCAACUGUGUGCUGACUUUUUUUUUUGUUAAAUUGACCAUAUUCAAGGCGUCUGCGUUUGUGUGAUAAUCACAUACAUUACCUUUUAAAUGGAACAUACUUGUUUUAUGUUAAUAAGAUAUCCAUUAUAGCCUCCUUGCUGCCAUUGGUUGCUUUCCAUGUGUUUUUUAGGUUCCUUUGCUUUGGGGGAUAAAUGAAUAGUAAUAUGUUUAGGUGGAGGUAAGAGCUAUUCUAGUAACAAGGCAAAUUAAAAAUGCUAAUCAGAAGUAAACGUAUUGCCUUUGAACAUAGGGAAACUUAAACCUGAUACUGGCAUCUUAAAUAUUGUCAUGCCCCAUAUGCAUCAUUGGCAGUCAGUAGUUUCUGCUGAACAUGCAUGUGGAAGUACCCUUAAAUACCAUUCUUUAAAACUUAUUGGUGUUCCAGUGGUGGCAGAAGUUUAAGGGAAUACGCAGAAAAAUUCCUACGCUAGAAGUGUCCAGUGUACAUAAGCUGUGUAAUAACGGGGGAAUUAAUUACUGUUGUGCAACUGUGUUUGAUAUACUAAAACCAAAUACGCUCCUACUUAUCAAUUUUCAGAAUGUUGCAGUAGCUAAGGUAACAACUAACUAGUAGCCCACUCAUAUUUAUGAAAACUGAUGUGUACAUUCUUCCACCAAAUCCUCUCCAAGUCUAUAUAGAAAAUACAGGACUAAUACAAAUGUUCCUCUCAAAAGGUAAAAACAACUUUCCUUGGACUUUCAGUAAAAUUAAAUGAACCAGUUCACUGAUGUGAAUUGAACAAAAGCAGUAAUUUGAACUUUGAAGGGAAGUUAUGGCAACCUAUAGGUAUAUUCGUUCCCUUUAGUUAUUGUAACAAAUUAACUGAAUUCUUUUUUUCUUGAUACAAUACCCUUUCAUUAUUUGGAAGUCAGAACUAUUCCCAUCAAGCUUAACCUUAUUCAGAUAAUUAAUGGCUGCUGUCAUUUAAAAAAAUGACUUAGCACCACAGUUUCUGAUUUAGGAAAUCCCCUGGUGAUGAGGGAAUUAACUUCAGAAGUGAAGUGUUAAGUAUUGUACACAAGCUUCUCUGAACUCUUGCUGUAUACAAUAAAGGCCUUUUAAAUGCCAAAAGGUCAAUGGGUGGGGGAAUAAAUACAGGAUAAAGAGAGGUAAGAGGAAAA